AUUGCCCUACCGGGGCCGGCCCGCGGGAUCAGCACAGCUCGGCCCGCGGCCCCGGCGACCAGCAGAGACUAUGAACCGGAAAGCGCGGCGCUGCCUGGGCCACCUCUUUCUCAGCCUGGGCAUGGUCUACCUCCGGAUCGGUGGCUUCUCCUCGGUGGUAGCUCUGGGCGCGAGCAUCAUCUGUAACAAGAUCCCAGGCCUGGCUCCCAGACAGCGGGCGAUCUGCCAGAGCCGGCCCGACGCCAUCAUCGUCAUAGGAGAAGGCUCACAAAUGGGCCUCGACGAGUGUCAGUUUCAGUUCCGCAAUGGCCGCUGGAACUGCUCCGCGCUGGGGGAGCGCACCGUCUUCGGAAAGGAGCUCAAAGUGGGGAGCCGAGAGGCUGCCUUCACGUAUGCCAUCAUUGCUGCCGGUGUGGCCCAUGCCAUCACAGCUGCCUGUACCCAGGGCAACCUGAGUGACUGUGGCUGCGACAAGGAGAAGCAAGGCCAGUACCACCGGGACGAGGGCUGGAAGUGGGGUGGCUGCUCUGCCGACAUUCGCUACGGCAUCGGCUUCGCCAAGGUCUUUGUGGAUGCCCGGGAGAUCAAGCAGAAUGCCCGGACUCUCAUGAACUUACACAAUAACGAGGCAGGCCGAAAGAUCCUGGAAGAGAACAUGAAGCUGGAGUGUAAGUGCCAUGGCGUGUCAGGGUCAUGCACCACCAAGACGUGCUGGACCACACUGCCACAGUUCCGGGAGCUGGGCUAUGUGCUCAAGGACAAGUACAAUGAGGCUGUUCACGUGGAGCCUGUACGCGCUAGCCGCAACAAGCGGCCCACCUUCCUGAAGAUCAAGAAGCCACUGUCAUACCGCAAGCCCAUGGACACAGACCUGGUGUACAUCGAGAAGUCACCCAACUACUGUGAGGAGGACCCAGUGACCGGUAGUGUGGGCACGCAGGGCCGCGCCUGCAACAAGACAGCCCCCCAAGCCAGUGGUUGUGACCUCAUGUGCUGUGGCCGUGGCUACAACACCCACCAGUAUGCCCGCGUGUGGCAGUGCAACUGCAAAUUCCACUGGUGCUGCUAUGUCAAGUGCAACACCUGCAGUGAACGCACGGAAGUGUAUACGUGCAAGUGA